GAUUUGCCAUUCGGCUGGGGGUUCAACGGCACGGAUGCAAAGCUCAGCGACAUCUUCGCGGGCAUCAGCACGAGGAACAUGACGCCCCACGAGCGCGCGGCAUUCAUUCAGGGCAAGCAGAAGGAGCUGACGGAGUUCUUCGGCAAUGACGUCUGGGAAUUUCACAAGCCCACCGGGGAGGGGGGCCCUCGGCGGAUACUCAAGGCGAAGUGGGUGCUCAAGUGGACAAAGAACGACGACGGCACGCCAAGUGCCAAGGUGCCCAAAGACGCGGCAGAACUCAUGGGCAUCGAGCCGAAUACUCUUAUGAAGCUCAUCGGGCCAAUGUACGGCCAGGUAAAACGAAGGUUCAAGUUCAGGAAGUGGAACGACGACGACAAGAUGGAUUACCGCGGCAGCGACUUGACGCAGACCCCGCACUGGGAGAACCCGAAGUCGGACAGCAGCGAGAUUGAAGUGAAGAUGGCGACCUACGCCAAGAACCUGAAGCCCAUCACGAUCGACCAGAAUAGCAGCGACAACACGAGGGAGUUCACUAUCAAGGAGAAGCGGCAGCUACGUGGUCUACUCGGAGCUCUGCAGUGGCCAAGCUCUCAAGAUUGUCCCCAUCUUUCGGCUUCGGUUAGCAUUCACCAAGGGCAGCGACUUACGGCGACAGUGGGCACGGCCAAAGAGGCGAACAAGACUCUGCGGUUCUACAAGCAGCACUCGGACGUCGGGCUCAAGAUGAAGAAGAUCGGCCAGGUAAGCGACGUGGUGUUCGUAGCAAUGACGGACGCAGCCCGGGGAGUUCGUCAGGGCGGGUCUCGUCAAGGUGGCUACGUCCUCUUGGCAUACCACAAGAAGAUACUCGACGGACACGAGUCCGACUUUAGUGUGAUCGAUUGGAAGUCCUUCAAGCUACUACGCAUGGCACGUUCCUCUCUACAUGCGGAGUCACAGGCAGCAGCAGCGGGCAUGGAUGGCUUGGAAUUUGCGAAGCGAUUCUGGGCAGCCCUGAUCUACGACGGCGUGGACAUCACGAAGGAUGAAAGCACCCGCAUGGCGGGUGAGUCAGCAUUGGCCGUGGACGCAAAGGGGCUCUACGACGCGGCCCAAAAGGAGAGCAUCACCAGCUUCCAGGACAAGCGGACCGGCAUCGAGGUGCUAGCGCUACGUGAGAGGAUGGAGGCUACAAUGACGCGCUGGAGGUGGGUGUCUUCAGAAAGGCAAUACGCGGACGGGCUCGCGAAGAUCGCGGCGAGACAGUUCUUCGCCGACCGUCUACGAUAUGGCAGGCUACAGCUCAAGCAUGACCCGAACUACACGGCGGCAAAGAAGAAGACCAAGGAAGAGCGACAGGAGAGUAUCGACCAGACAAGGCCGGUGACAUCGGCGGCAACGCGGAAGGCAACUACACCGUUCAUGCAGUUGGAAGUAUUCGCAACCAGCUGUUGCAGAUCGGCGGCUCACACGGAGUACGACACGAAGAACGAGAACAACGGCUAUGGUAUUUUGGUUUGGUUUGCCAUGUGUUUCUUAUGUCUUGGAUUCUGUGGAGCCUACCCAGUUGCAUCCUACCUGAUCAAGAUCAGGGAGGCCGAGUACAAAUACAAGACUGAGUUAGCAGUUCUACGGGCGAAGAUCGAGAAGGAGAAGAUCGAGAAG